AGGAAAAAGGAAACUAAUGCCUUAUGUGACAACCCACCCCAUCCACUGAACAAGGAAGAAACUAUACCUGUAAAUUACAGUUCAUCAGGCUAGUCCUGAGGUAGGCGUGUUUCAAUAGGCUUUCUUGAAGAGUGAGUGAUUGAUGAAUGUGUUAACUGCAAAGUACUGGAGAAGGUUCAGGCUGUUCAGGAUGGGGGACUGCUGCUUGUCGGGUGAAGACAGAGAAAGCAACAGGAUUCACCAAGAAAUUGAGAGACAACUUAAGAUGGACAAGCGGGAUUCAUCCCGACAACUGAAACUUUUGCUUUUAGGCACAGGGGAGAGCGGUAAGAGUACCUUCAUCAAGCAGAUGAGAAUCAUUCAUGGCAAGGGCUACACAGAGGAGGACAGGAGGGCCUAUGCCAAGCUGGUGUUCCAGAAUAUCUUUGUUUCCAUUCACAACCUGGUUCAAGCCAUGGAGCACCUAAACAUUCCUUUUAUUGAUGGAAAAAACAAAACACAUGCUGCAAUGCUUAACAGUGUGAUCCCCGAAACAGUACAUUCACUGGAGCCUAAACAUGCUGAAGCCAUCAAGAGUGUGUGGAAAGACCAAGGUCUGCAGAAAUGCUUUGAACGCAGGAGAGAGUUCCAGUUAUCAGACUCGACCAAAUAUUACCUCGAUGACAUUGACAGAAUAUCUGCAUCCUUUUACUUGCCGACUGUUCAGGAUAUUCUGAGAGUCCGAGUUCCAACCACAGGCAUCAUUGAGUACAUCUUUGACCUCCAGACAGUCAUAUUCAGAAUGGUUGAUGUUGGAGGCCAAAAAUCAGAAAGACGGAAGUGGAUCCAUUGUUUUGAAAACGUUACUUCCAUCAUCUUUCUGGUGGCUCUGAGCGAAUACGACCAGGUCCUAUAUGAGUGUUCAAAUGAGAACCGCAUGGAGGAGAGUAAGGCACUUUUUAAGACAAUCAUCUCCUACCCCUGGUUCCAGGAGUCCUCUAUCAUCCUCUUCCUCAAUAAAACAGAUAUCCUGAAGGAGAAGAUCUCAAAGUCACAUCUUGAAGACUAUUUUUCACAAUACAAAGGCCCUAAAAACGACGCAGAUGCUGCAAUGAAGUUCAUCUUGAGUAUGUAUGAGGAGCAGAACUCGGACACACAUAAAAGCAUCUAUGCUCAUUUCACCUGUGCAACCGACACUGAAAAUAUCCGCUUUGUUUUUGAUGCUGUGAAGGACACCAUUCUGCGGAACAACCUGUCCGACUUUAACUUGGGUUAAAUGACAAAAGUACUUUUACAUAUAUGGCUACAUUGACCUCUAAUUCAGUGAAAAUAUUAAUGUGAUCUGUGUGUCAGUACUGGGAUUAUGGCAAAGUACAUUCUGUGAAUUUAGCAUGUAGCCUACCUGCAUUGGUGGAUAUUAAAAGUCAUAAGGAAGUCAUACAGGUUUGUACAAAUAUGAGGAAUAUGAGUAAUUGAUACCAUAAUUUUCAUUUUAGGGUGAAUUGUCCAUUUAACUUUGUUUGGCAUUUGUUUGAGGGCAUUUUUUAAAUCAUAUUAAAACCCAAAUUUUACUUUAUAAGCCCACAAUAGAAUAGAAUAAAAUUGAUCAAAUAAUUCAAUUAUUAUUAUUAAAUUAUGUUUCCCAGCCCUGCCAACUUCCCAUUGAUAUCCUAUUCCUAAACUUCCCAGUAAACAAAAUCCACCCAAAGUCAAACCUUAAAUAUGUGGUAUCAGGUAAAUGGCUAUAUUUUAUCACUGACACUUCAUGUGGCCAUCUUAGUGAGUAUCUGCUAUUAUGUUCUAUUUCCACACAAGAUUUGAAUGAAAUAUGAAUUAAGACAGGCUGGCAUAAAAGACAGCCUUUGAAUCCAUGCAAAUCAAUUGUAGCCGCUGUCUUUGCUAUUCAAAUAGUCUCUCCAACACUGACAUGGAUACAAGAAUGAUACUUCAGUACAGAUAGGUUCAAGUCUUUAGACUCUAAAAAUAACAUGUUUGUAAAUAUUUACUGUAUGUACGGUUACAAUUUCUAGUGUGACUACGGUCACAACUUCUAGUGUGAUUCUUAGGUAGAAGCUAUAUUGAUGUGUGAUACUUUAGCAUGCCAUUAAAACGUUAUUUAUAUUUGCAACAAAUGCAAUAAAGUUGUGUGUUAGUGAGCCAAAAUUAACAUUUAUUUUUACAUAUGCGUGCUAAAACAUGCAAUCCCACUUUUUGAAAAGCAUUUUUAAAAAUUGAAAUUUGACUAAAAAUUGAUAGAAAAAAAUACAAUUUUGUUGCAUGAAUAGAUCACAAACAUCAUAAGAAAAAAGUUCCGACUAUUUUUUUUGUGCUACUUUUACUUCUUAUCAGUGAGUAUUUUUUUUAUAUUAUUAUUAUUAUUAUUAUAAUUAUUAUUUUAUUUUAUUUUUUUGCAAUAUCUCUGAUCUUCUGUGAACACAUGCCAGCUCAGCUGGUGUUAAUGCAGAAUUUCUUGUAUUAUUUAUACACUGUUAGUAACAAAAGUGGACAAAAUAAAUAAUGUAGGACAUAGACUCUGGGUAAGCAAAAUAAAAAGCCUGGUGAUUCCUUUCUUUUUCUAGCAGAAGUCUAUUCACGUGCAUAAUGUUAAUGUUUUCUAUAUUAAGUCCUAAAAUAUUUGUAUACAAUUAUGAUUAUAUGAUUUUAAUUAAAAAAAGAAGACAUUUAAAUG